AUGGAUCGGGUGAAUUCUGUAAGUGCUGGUAAUUGUUUUCAAAAACAACCAAGUGAAUUGGUAUUACCUGAAGAAGCAGUUUAUCAGAAACCAUCUAUUGAAAUGCUUAAAAAAGAUAUUAUUAUGAGAAAUCGAACACAAUUGUUACAUGUUCGAAAUAUUGCACAUCGAAAUGCUCUUCUAUAUAGUUAUUUAUUUCAACGUUUAUUUGAUUUUGAAGAGCCUGGUCUUACCUAUAUACUUUUACAUAAUGCUGCUGAUGUAACUGGUGGACGAAGUAUGAUAAAUGGUUCAGGAAUUUAUUUUGAUCAAGAUAAAUAUUAUCCACAUUGGUAUAAGAACUUUUUCAAUAAAACUAUUCCAUUAUUUGGACCCUAUGCUUGGCGAGCUGAUGAUUUCUAUGAUGCAUUUAAUUGGAAAAAUGAAUGGACAAAUCAUACUAUUCAAGAAGAAGAUAUUGGUGCUGGUAGAAAUCAUCAAUAUACAUCACGAUAUAAUCGUGGAAAUGAAUGGUAUAGUAAAUGGUUACCAGAUCAAACACGAAAUGAUCAAGGGCGAGGUAAACCAGUACAUACAGUUCAAUUAUUAUUAGCUGAACGAAUGUAUAAACUGCGUGAUGUAGCACAAAAUAUUGAAUUUUAUGGACCACCACAUCCAGAAGAUCCGUCAGGUCCUACACUUUGGACACGUCCAUAUUUUGAUUGUGGUCGAUCAAAUAAAUGGAUAAUUAGUGCUGUUUCACCUAUUGUUGAUAUAUAUCCACGACAUACUGAAUAUCGACAUUUACAAUCUAUGCGUAAUUUAGCAGUAGCUGUGACAGAUAUUGAUUUUAUCAUGAUGGAUAUUAAUCAAUGUGCUGAAAAUGGUCAAACAAAUGCACAAUCAAAUGAUCCACAGUCAAAACAACCAAAUUUAUUCGCUGGUACAGAUAAAUGUAAACCAACAACACGUUGUGAACCAUUGUUUGGCUUUGGGUUUCGCCGUGGUGGUUAUCAAUGUCUUUGUCAACCUGGUUUUCGUUAUCCACCAUAUCAAGAUGGACCAUUUAAAGGUUAUGUUAUUGAAAAAGCAACACAAGAAGAAUAUGCAAAUAAUUUUGAUUGUCUAAAAGUUGAAUUAUAUCAACAGAUUCCACAAAAUUUCUAUCAAUCAAACAUCGAAGUAUUUGCUGCACGUACACGUCGAUCAGCUGAUAAUAAUACUGAUGUAUUAAAAAAUUCAAUCUAUCAUGAUUUAAGUAAUGAUCCAAUUCCACCACCACUCCUUGAAUCUGCCUCAAAAAUAAAUCCAAUAGCAGUAAUAGCAUCUCCAACAUCGUCUUUUCUUAAAUCAUCUAUUUAUCAACUUGCUUCAUUUUCUGGUAAACUUGUUACAGGUUUUCCUGAAGAUCAUGAGAAAAAAAGUCGUUCAAAACGUUAUGCUUAUGAACGUCCAACACGUGUAGCACCUGUAAUGCAACUCUAUGAUCGUCUUAAUCGUGAUCCAAAUCUAUGUGAAUUAAUGACUGAAGAUGAAUUAACAAUGCCAGGCGAUGUUUUAAAUGAUGUUGAUAUACAAUUUGAAUCUCAAGCUCGUUUAGCAUUAACAUUAUCACAUUUUCUUUCAAGUUUUUAUCAAGUUGUUAAUCCUGCGGAAGAUUUUCCAUUACGUAAAGCUGAACUUGAAUUAACUGAUGAACAAUUAAUUGGUGAAGUACUUGCUGCAGCUGGUGGUGAUUAUAAAGUUGUUGGUGUUGGAAUAUUUUUUGAUCGUGGAAAAUUUCGAAAUUAUCGUCUACCUUAUUUUGGGCCAUAUGCUUUUCGACCGGAAAAAGAUAUUAGUCGAAAAUAUACUGUUGUUGAUUGGGCAGGUUUACCUGAUGGUUAUGAAAAUGAAAUAUGGUUUCGAACAAUGAAAGCACGAUGGGCAACAAAUGCUGAUCGUUCAGAAUUAACUGAAUUUUGGCUUAAAUUAUUUAUUCGAUCGGAUUAUGCAGGUAAUGCAUUAGUACAUCAUGAAUCUGGUUUUCCAUUGUAUUCGUAUGCACCAGAAUUAAAACAUGGCCAAUGGUUUCCUCCAACAUUUCAAUGUAGUAGAAAUUAUACAUUACCACGUCAAUGGAUUGUUACGUAUGCUGUACCAUUUUUUGGACUUGAUACAUUGGGUGUUAAUCUUGAAUUCAAGGGUGUUGUACGUGUUGAUGCUUAUCUUAGUUAUUUGGAUAUUAAUCAAUGUUCAAUGCCUCACUAUGUGCCUAAUGCAUUUAAAGGCAGUGAUCGUUGUGAUUAUCAAAGCACAGUGUGUGAACCAAUACUUGGUCGUGGUUUUCGUCUAGGAAAAUAUAAAUGUCGUUGUCGACCUGGUUAUGAAUAUCCAUUUAUUGAUCAAAAUGACUUCUUUAAUGGUGAUGCCAUGGAUACACAAUGGGAAAUUUUAAUGAGCAAUAAUUCUCGAAUGUCACGUUUUGAUCAACUUAAAUGUCGUAUUGCUAUUGCUAGUUCAAUCAAACCGCUUAAUUUUAUACUACUUUUAUUAACUGUUUCUUUUGCAAUGUUAAUCAAUCGAUAG